AUGAACAAAGCAGACAGCGCAUGGCAACUAACAGCAACCACAAUGGUCUGCCUACAGAGUGUUCCUGGGCUAGUCAUUCUAUAUGGAAGCAUGGUCAAGAAAAAAUGGGCUGUCAACUCUGCCUUCAUGGCCUUCUAUGCCUUUGCCGCGGUCCUAGUCUGUUGGGUCCUAUUGGCCCAUCAAAUGUCCUUUGGGGCCAAGAUGAGCCCACUGUUAGGGAGACCUGGCUCUGCAUUGUCAGAAAAACUUCUCCUUGGACAGUCUAGGAGGGGUUUGGUCCCAGUGGCUGAUUUUGUGUUUUACCAAUUUGCUUUUGCUGCUAUUACUGUUAUAUUGCUGGCAGGUUCUUUACUUGGGAGGAUGAACUUCUAUGCAUGGAUGUUGUUUGUUCCUCUAUGGCUGUUUGUCAGUUACACUGUUGGUGCCUCAACUAUCUGGGGUGAUGGCUUUCUUGAAAGACGUAUAAUUGAUUAUGCUGGUGGCUACGUAAUUCAUCUUUCCUCUGGGGUGGCUGGUUUCACUGCUGCAUAUUGGGUAGGACCAAGGCAUUCACAUGAUAGGCAAAACUUUCCGCCAAACAACAUAAUUCACAUGUUAGGAGGUGCAGGGUUCCUAUGGCUGGGAUGGACAGGUUUCAAUGGUGGAUCUCCUUUUGCAGCUGGCUUGGUUGCUUCGUUGGCCAUUUUCAACACUCAUCUUUGCACUGCAACCAGCCUCUUGGUAUGGGUUUCCCUGGACAUGGUUUUUUACAGGAAAAGUUCUGUCAUUGGUGCUGUCCAGGGGAUGAUCACUGGACUUGUUUGCAUCACUCCCGGUGCAGGGAUAGUGGAACCAUGGGCAGCACUAUUGAUGGGAGUAAUGUCUGGUUCAAUUCCAUGGUACACAAUGAUGGUGUUGCACAGGAGGUUUGCGUUCUUCCAAAGCGUGGACGACACAUUGGCUGUCUUCCACACGCAUGCUGUGGCUGGACUUUUGGGAGGAAUUCUUUCUGGCAUCUUCGCUAAGCCUGCCCUUCUAAAGUUGAUGUACCCAGACACCACGUACCAUACAGGAUUAAUUUAUAGUUUCAGUGGAGGAAGACAUGCGGAUGGCUUUAAGCAGAUGGGCAUCCAACUUUUGGGAGCUGCUUUUAUUACUGCUUGGAAUGCAGGCGCUACAAGCUUAAUUUGUAUUCUGAUAAGCCGCAUUGUCGAUCUUAGGAUGAGGGAAGAUGACCUAGAAAUAGGUGAUGAUGCUGUGCAUGGUGAAGAAGCCUAUGCACUGUGGGGUGAUGGGGAGAGGAUGCCGAAGCCGCUUCGUCUGCACAUGCAUCCCAGACUUCCUUACUUCUGCCGACAACGCUUCUGAUAUGUCCAUCAGAACUGCAUAUGUAAUGCAUAUCUAAUAAGUUGCAAUGCAUUACCAUGGAAUAAGGCAGUAUUGCUUACUGGUUCAUUGCUGCGGCACUUAUCCACUUUUUGUUGGAUUAUUGCUGCUUGCAU